AUGGAUCGGUCGAAGCCCGUGAAGUACGGCCUCGAGAUUCGCCGCAAGCCGCAAAGCCAUCGCCCUGCGACGGCGGCGAAGCCGUUACCACCCGUGCGAGAUGCGAAGCUGGAAACGCUUUUCGGCAACGAUGACGACGACGAUGUGGAGGCCGAUAUCGCGAGGCAGAACCUCAAGAAGCGAAGCCAGCGUGAGACGGAGCAGCAGCACGAGGCAGCUUCCAAGGCGCCUUACAACUCGUCUCAUUUUAUCCCGUGCCCUCUCCUACCGCCGCCCUUGUUGUGUGUGCAGACGGAGCAGCAGCACGAGGCAGCGAUGGCGGAGGACCCGUCAGUGUUUGACUACGACGGGGUGCACCUCAAGCAGCAGGCCAUGGCGGAGGAGCCAUCAGUGUUUGACUACGACGGGGUGUUCGACCACAUUCGCGCCGCCAAGGAUUCCGUGCAAAGACAGGCCCGCUACAUUCCAAACCUGUUAAAGACGACCAAGGAGAGGGAGAAGGAGAAGGAGCUGGUGCAGGAGCGGCUGCUGGCGAAGGAGAGGGCGAAGGAGGAGGAGGAGUUCGCGGGCAAGGAGCGGUUUGUCACGCGCGCUUACCGCGAGAAGCUGGUGGAGCGGCAGCGAUGGCUGGCGGAGGAGAAGAGGAAGGAGGCUGAGGAGGCGGCUAACGAUCACAAUUUUGAUUUCUGCUUCAACCCCUCUUCCCGCCCUGCUGCCCCCUUUCCUCACUUCCCCUCCUCCUCCCCUGCCCCUUUCCCUUCCGCCCCAACCUCCCUUUUUGCAACGUCAACUCUUCAUCUCUGCUUUGCCCCCCUUACCACCCUGCCAUUCCCCCCUUCCCCCCUUGUUCCCCAUUACCCCAUUUCCCCCAUUCCUUUCUUCCCCUUCCCCGCUUUUUCCCCUUUCCCCCUCUUCCCCCCUUCCUCGUCCUUCCGUUCCUUCCCCCUCCUGCCCCCACGUCUCCUCCAGGUGACCAAGCGGUCUGACCUGACAGAUCUGUACCGCAACCUGUACCGGGCACAGGAUGCUCAAGCAAAGUCCCCAGGCGUGCGGGAUGCUCAAGCAGACACAGGGGUGAAGCCCAGUGGGAGGUUGGGGAAAGAGGAGGGGAGGGCAGGAGUGGAGGAGGGCAGGGAGAAGCAGAGAGCAGGGAGCAAGGAGCGUGAGCUGCCAGUGGGAGAGCCGAUGGGGCGGGGCAAGCAGGGGGCGGCAGCUGCUGUGUUGUCAGACGGACGGCAGAGGAUGCUAAGGGGAGAUUUGCCAGCGGUGGAUGGGGAUGGGGAACAGGAAGGUGCUGUGAGUGCGGGGAGGGAUCGGGAGGAGAGUGGUGGAGAGGAAGGAAGUGGGGGUGUGGGAAGGGGUGAUGUUGCUGUGCGUGCUGCUGCUGGUCCCGGUGCAAGCAGGGGGGAUGGCUUGCCUCUGAGAAGCAGCCAGGAAGGUGCGGGCGAGGAUGAGACGAGACAGGCUGGUGGAGUAGGGCGUGAGGGGGGUUCUGCUGGUGGGGGGAAUGGUGGUGCUGGGGUUUCUGGUGAACAUUCUUCGCCAGGUGUCAGAAAGCCAUUGGAGGGUGGUGAUAGUAAGAGUGUGAAGGUAUCAGCAGAAGACAAGGUGAGUGAUGCUCGUGCCCGGUUUCUCGCGAGGAAGAAGCAGAAAAGCGUUCCAUGA